CAUGGAGGAAUCUCAUUUCAAUUCAUCGUACUUCUGGUCUGCAGUUCCCACAGUGUCUGGACAGAUUGAUAAUUCCAUGUUCCUGAGCAAGGUAAAGGAGCAACUGAUUCAGGAGAAGGGCUGCAAUUUGGGGUCACAUUAUCCCACUCUGCUGACAGUCCCUACAUCAGUGUCGCUGCCACAUGGGAUCAGUGUGGAUGGAGAAAACAAAGUUGAGCUUCAUGGGAUCCCUAAUAGCCAGGCAUCCGUUACACAAAACAUAACCGUGCUUCCUGUACAUUCCACAGGGCUCAUGACUGCAACUGGAUUGGUAAUUACAUCUCCAUCAGGGUCUCUGGUCACCACUCCAUCAUCCUCCGGUCAGACGUUUCCCAUUUCUGCCCCUAGUACCAUGAUUGUGUCAACGCUGCCUGGUUCACAAACCCUGCAAGUUGUAUCAGAACUUACAAAAGCUAAGAUCUCUGAGGUGGGGACAGCGGGAGCUCCUAAAACAGGCCGAGGCCGCAAAAAGAAACGUCUCCCAGAGCAGACUCUACCCAACCUUAAUGACCCAUAUGAUCUGUCUAAUGAGGAGGAUGAGGAUGCACAAAAGGAUGGGAAGACAUACAGGUGUCGCAUGUGCUCCAUCACUUUCUUCUCCAAAUCUGAGAUGCAAAUUCACUCCAAGUCGCACACAGAGGCCAAGCCCCACAAGUGUCCGCACUGCUCCAAAACCUUUGCCAACAGCUCCUACUUGACACAGCACGUGCGCAUCCACUCGGGGGCCAAGCCGUACAGCUGUAGCUACUGCCAGAAAGCCUUCCGCCAGCUCUCUCACCUUCAGCAGCACACACGGUACGGAAAUGAGCAGACAGAUAUGCGAUUGUUUCAGUCAUCGUGGGAGGGUGUAGUUAUGUCACUCACUGUGUACAGUAGGAAGUCAUGA